UCACAUGACGCCUUAAUACCCAAUGACACUAACUACAGUGUCUCAUUAAGAGGUCAUGCAAACUCCCAAGCUAAACAAGGCAUUCUUACAUAUUUAACAUUCAAAUGCAGAAGCCAAGCUAAGCCAUGGAAGAUUGUAAUCAGAAAAAAGCUACACUUCCUGAUCCGCACAAAAGCUACAGGUUCUUUAAACAAGAGAGAGAUUGCUGGCAUUUUGGGCUGAAAUCUGGAGGUUAUUUUGGAAUGUGAAAACUACUUGCUGCUUGGAUCCAUGACAACCAUGUAGAUACUAUUCACUCGCUUUAAUGAUCUACACCAACAUGGAUCAAGACAUUUAAACCAAACCUUUCAAGCAGUCAAUGGAGUACAAUCUGAAAGAUUAAAGAAAGUCCAGAUGGGGUGCAGGUGCUGCAAAAUGAUACAAAGCUAUAUUUUUGAUCAAGAAGAAGUACAAUCACCUGGAUGUAUUCCUGAAGUAAACAGCUACAAACACAACGACCAAGGCAGCAAUAAAUCAAAAUUCAAAGAGAAUAGUGAAAUUCAAGAACAUAAAAAUGAACUCCAGAAGGAUGAGCUAAACAGAACAGAAAAUAAAAAUCAGGUACAUAGCACAAAAGAAAAUCUCUGGAACCAUGGAGGCAAUGAUUUUCAAGAGGAUGGCGUGAAGUGUGUUGCAAAGCUCAAUGUUGCGGUCAAUGGUGGCAACUCCUGUGCAGGAGUGCACCCCACGCUCGAUCCCAACACAAACCCAGUGACCGAAGCCAGUGACCAGGGAACCUCCAGCCAGUCAGCAGAGUCUGCUUCAGCCAGCAGUAGAGACUUUUACACCAAAUCAAAUAGGUCUGGCCAAGAACUUGACCUAGAGGCAGGCAGACAGAGGAAGGCAGCCUGCAACGAGCCAAAUAGUAUUCAAGUUGGGAACUCCCGGUCUGCAGAAGAUAGCAUCUUUCUCAAAGGAAGCACAAUACCGGAGACACAAAACAACGCCAUACAACUGCCAGAUAUUGAUUAUCCCCAAAAUGGCAAUCAAACCAGGAACUAUGUUGAAAAAGAUAGCUUUUCAGUCAAUUGUGCACAUUCAGACCAAAACUUUGGGCCUUCACCAAUACAGGACCAGGACCUUUGUGUAACUCUGCCUUCACCUAUGAAGGAAAGCAGUAUUGAACCUUUUAAAACUGACUCCACAGGUUUGAGUGAGGGCAUUCCUGGUGGUAUCACUGCUGUGGCUGUUACCAAAGUAGCACAGGCACCCACACAACCCAACCACAAUGACAUCAAUGGAGAAAUUGAGGAGGAAGAUGCAGAAGUAGCAGCAGCUCUGGCUGCACUGGAAGCUGCAACUGCAGGGGAAGACCUGGAAGAUGACGAUGAGUACUAGAUGAAGCUUUCUAUCUAGUACACUGGGUGAGAUCCAGAUUUUAGUUCUGGAUCUAUAUGAACACAUGUACAGCACAUGCGGACAGCUGUUAUGAACAGCAUAUAUAAAAGGAGUUGGAACUAAAGCUCUGUCCCUUCAGCUGUUUUAUACAGCCUUUUAAUUUCUGCUGCCUGAGGUACAGAAGUGCUCCGUUGGCUAAUGGUAAUACUCACACUCUUCUCUAUGGGGCCAACCAGGAGAGCAAAGCAUCAUUUCUUCCACACAGGAUAUUCUGCUGUAUACCCACCUCACCUGGACUCAUGCAAACGUUUCCCUUGGUUUUGACCCUCAAGAGGGUCUGUGCACACUGCAUGUUCCAGGUUCAGUCAACUUCCAUUAUUUAAAACACGAACAUGAAGUUAGAAACCACAGAUUUUCAUAAUGUUAGCAUGAAAAAAUAAAACCGACUCAAAGUUCUAUGAUUUAAUGAAGUACGAAAUAGGGAAAGCAGCUUGGCUUGCGCUUCACUGCGGUUACGGUUUCAUUCCAGGUUAAGCCUAAAUCUGUGCACGCGCAGCUGGUGUUAGGGUGAUAACCUUAUAUCUUCCCUGACACCUCCCCUGGACUUUGUUUGAUACCCCAAGUGACCUGCUUCAAUUCAUUAAAACAGCAGAAGCCCAGCCAAAUCCAAGACAGUGGGUAACUUUCUGUUGCUUUAAUGAGCUGAAGUAGCUCAGGUAGGAAUUGCACACACAUUAUCAGAGGUGCUGGAGAGGGAUCAAAACUCAGUCCUACCGGUUUGGAUAGAUUAAAACUGUUGUGAAACUGCAGACUGAGACUUCUCAACUCUGCUAAAUUUUCCAGGCACACAUCACUUGCCUUAACAAUACAGUUUGCAAACAGAUUGCGUCUCAAACUUCCCCAGCAAGCUGUGUUUUGUUUAUACACAAACAGCGAGAGCCAGCGUGGACCCAUCCCCAGCUCUGCUGCAGUCCUUAAACUUCCAGCAGGAAAGGGAACAAGCUUCCAAGUUGAACUGAGUGUAAGAUCUGAAAAUAUCAGAGAUUCAUUCCUGGAGUGUUUACUCUCCCUCUCAUCUUCAGACCAGUAUGUUAACCUUUCUUGUGGGAAGCAAAGGAGAUAAAGAUCAAAUUGGUGCUGCCAUUUCAUCAAAAGUGGGAUCUUAAUGGUUGAAAUAGAAAGUCCUUGACAUUUUAUGCUGAAAUUUUGUGGUUUCUGAGUCUGUUAUGAACUCUUAAUAAAAUUUUUUAAUCAUAUGAAAAAUCA